AUGGGUGAUGCUUCUGGUUUUGCUCAGGUUGGUUUGCCAAAGUUCGAUGGAGACUAUGAUCAUUGGAGUCUUUUGAUGGAAAACCUCUUGAGAUGCAAGGAGUACUGGGGCGUUGUGAGUGAUGGCAUUCAAGAGCCAGCCAUUGGAGCUCAGUUGUCUGCUGUUGAAUCCAAGUGUCUUGAUGACCUCAGGCUUAAGGAUCUCAAGGCCAAAAAUUAUCUGUUUAGCUCCAUCGACAAAUCAAUCCUGAAGACUAUCACUAACAAGGGGACUGCAAAACAACUCUGGGAUGCUAUGAAGACCAAAUACCAAGGCAGUGCUCGUGUCCAGAAAGCUCAGUUGCAGGCUCUAAGGAGGAACUUUGAAGUUCUUAAAAUGAAAGAAGGCGAGACAGUCACUUCAUACUUUAGCAGAGUUAUGGUGGUAGCCAAUGAUAUGAGGAACUGUGGAGAAGAGAUGCCUGAUGUGAAAAUAGUGGAGAAAAUCUUAAGAACCUUGACAGAACGUUUCAAUUAUGUGGUGUGCUCCAUUGAGGAGUCCAAGGAUAUUGAAACAUUGUCUGUUGAUGCUCUUUACAGCUCACUGCUGGUGCAUGAGCAGAAGUUUCACACGAAACCUCUGAUGGAAGAAGAUCGGGCUUUAAAAACGUUUCAUGAGUAUGGUGGAAGAGGAGGAAGAGGAGCUGGAAGGGGUAGUUACCCUGGAAGAGGAAGAGGUAGAGGAGGAAGGGGCUGGAAUAGGGAGAAUGUUGAGUGCUUUAAGUGUCACAAGUUAGGACAUUAUCGCAGUGAAUGUCCUGACUGGUACACAAAUCAACAAGCCUAUUAUUCUAGCUCCUCCCACCAAAAUCAGAACAGAAUGAGUGAUGAUGUUUUGCUGAUGGCAUUCCUGGAAGAAACUCAAGUAGUUGGAAUGGAACAUUUGUGGUUCCUGGAUUCUGGAUGUAGUAACCACAUGAGUGGUGACAGAAAGUGGUUUGCAGAACUGGAUACAUCAUCACCUGCACCUGGUAAAGUGGGGUUGGGGAAUGAUAGUAGACUAGAUGUGGCUGGUAAAGGAAUUGUGAGACUGCAGAUAAAUGGAGUCUCUCUGGUGGUCCAUGAUGUUUUCUUUGUUCCAGGUUUGAAGACAAAUCUGUUAAGCAUGGGCCAACUGCAAGAGAAUGGACUGGAAUUCCUAGUCAGAAGAAAUGAAUGUAAGAUCUUUCACGAGGACAAGGGUUUUCUGCUGGAAACAAGGAUGCAAGCAAGCAGGAUGUUUGUCUUGCAAGCUACUUCUACUAAGAAGGUCAUCUCUGCAAAUCUCCAGUGCUUACAAGCAGAAAAGGCCAAAGAAUCUUCUUUGAGUCUCUGGCACAGGAGGUUUGGCCAUUUCAAUCCACAAGGGCUGCUGCAAGUACAAAGAAAGCAGUGGGUGCAAGGCAUGCCAGAACUAAAGGGAGAAGUGGGAGUGUGCUCCACCUGUCAAGUUGGGAAGCAGACCAGACAACUUUUUCCUCAGAAGAGUUCAUGA